UAUGUGUUGUACGGGUUUACAUGCGGCUGUCGGGGGUUUCGUUGGUCAGCGAUCUCGGUCCGAAAUAAAAUACAUUAUGUAUCGGGCUCUCCCCACUCAUUUAUUCUCUUAAAUGCAGUUCAAGCGCCAAAAACAGCUAGCAAUUCUAGUUUUUAAGGAGCAGUCGGAGUAAUCCGGACAUUUGGCGGCGUUUUUGGUGUGUUUUUGUAGGCACGGAGCGGGGGGUGCGGCCUAGCUAGCAGAGACCGCAGAUCGGAGGAGGAUUUACGACUGUCUCAGAUGACCAUACGCUGAUUUUAUCUAUUGAAAAAUAAACAUCUAUGAUACACUGUUCUAAAGAAGGGCUAAAUCAGGAGAUGUCAAAGAAGGUUGAACAAGUUCACUGAGUCAAACUCCACUUUUUCAUCAAAAGCACCUUGGGCAGAUGGUGUUGUUUUACCCUGUUGUUUUAGAGCCAAAGAGUCCUUCCGAAAGAACGAUUACAUCCUUUUUCGUCAUCUGUCGUCUUCCCAAGAGCUGUCAAAAUAAGUUCCUCUCUGCCUCCUCACCUCUCCCAUCGCGGGCAAUCCAAUAAUCCCUUUCCCCUGGAUUCGCACGGCAAAAGGUCCAACUACGGCACCAAGCUGAAUCCAUACACCAGAGCGCGAAUGACGGAGGCAUGGCAGCAGCACUCUGUUGCCCCGCCUCCCGUGGUGCACACCAUACCUCCAGGGGCGGAUGCUCUGGGCUGUGCCGUUUACGGCAUCGUCCUCCAGCCGGACACGGCUAUCCAACAGCAGCAGCAGUCUCAGCAGCAGCAACAACAGCAGCAGCAGCAUCAUAGUCAGCAGCACAACCAGCAGCAGCAUCCGGCACAAGCGCAGCAGCCCUCCCUGCACGUAGGAAAUGAGGGCGGACACAAGUGUGGUGCAUGUGGCCAUGACAUCUCCCAUCUGGCUAAUCCGCACGAGCACCAGUGCAUGGUCAGCCAAGACCGGUCUUUUCAGUGCACACAGUGUCUAAAGAUCUUCCACCAAGCCACCGAUCUGUUGGAACACCAGUGCGUCCAGGUGGAGCAGAAACCUUUUGUGUGCGGAGUGUGCAAGAUGGGAUUCUCCCUGUUGACUUCUCUAGCGCAGCAUCAUAAUGCCCAUAACAGCACUAACCCGAUGAAAUGCUCCAUAUGUGAAAAGACUUACCGACCAGGUUCCUCUGGAAAUGCCACGCCCACUUCAACUAGUGGCAACGCAGGGCAGCCAUCGAACGAUGAAGCAUCAUCCAGUGGCAGCGCUGCCGUUGGGACAUCCGGCCAGCCUACGUUCGAGCCUUUGCAACCCGACAAGCCCUACAAGUGUUCGGUGUGUACCAAGGGCUUCCGUCACUUGUCUGAGCUGACCCGUCACGAGCGCGUUCACACGGGCGAGAAGCCGUUCAAAUGCGAAACGUGCGACAAAAGCUUUAGCCAAUCCUCACACCUAGCCCACCACCAGCGCACGCACAGCUCGGAAAGGCCGUUUAAGUGUGCCGUGUGCGAGAAGAGCUUCAAGCAUCGUUCUCACCUGGUGCGCCACAUGUACGCCCACUCGGGUGAGCAUCUGUUCAAGUGCAACCUCUGCGAGUUGCAUUUUAAAGAGUCUUCCGAGCUUCUGCACCACCAGUGUCAGCCGCAAGGCGCUCGGCCGUUCCGCUGCGCCACGUGCGGGAAGGGCUUCAAACGUCCGUCCGACCUGAGGCAGCACGAGCGCACACACUCCGAAGAACGCCCGUUUCAUUGCGAAGACUGCCAGAUGAGCUUCAAACAACAGUACGCCCUUGUGCGCCAUCGGCGCACGCACAAAGCCUCUGCCGACCGCCCCUUCAAAUGCAACCUGUGCGACAAAGGCUUCCUGCAGCCGUCCCACCUGUUGUACCACCAGCACGUUCACGGCAUGGAUAACCUCUUCAAGUGCGCCUCCUGCGGCACAGGCUUCAGUCAGUCCGGGGAGCUUCUGCGUCACAAAUGUGGCGAGCCCUCUUCGACACCCACGAAUCCGGACAAGCCCUAUAAGUGCGACGUGUGCGGAAAGGCCUACAAAAAGGCCACCACGCUACAGCGCCAUCAAAAUUCCCACUGCACCGAGAAGCCUCUCAAGUGUUCGCUCUGUGACCGACGAUUCCUGUCCUCCUCAGAGUUCGUGCAGCACCGAUGUGACCCGUUGCGGGAGAAACCCUUGAAAUGUCCCGACUGCGAGAAACGCUUCAAGUACUCCUCGGAGAUGCAGCGGCACAGACGCGUACACACCGGGGAGAAGCCUUACAAGUGUGCCAGCUGCGACAAGGGCUUCAAGCAACGUGAGCACCUGGCCAAGCAUCAAAGCGUGCAUGCGAGAGAUGCCCAGUUUAAGUGCGUGUGGUGUGGAGAACGUUUCGCUGAUCUAGGAGCUCUUCAGGAGCAUACGGUUCAGCACACGGCCGAAGGUGGGGGCUAUCCGGUGUCCUCUCUUAUUCAGUGAUCUAUUCCGCUAUCCU